AUGGAGUUUCAAAUAACUCAUUCUACUAUAAUUGCAUCGAUUUGUAUAUUUGCUGCCGUUGUUGCCCUCGUUUAUCGUGCAAUUCUUCCAAAGCCUAUCCCAGGCAUACCUUACAAGAAGGCCAGUGCUUUGUGUAUUCUUGGUGAUGUACUAGAUAUUAUCAAAUACCAAGAACAACAUCAUGAAAUCUGGUCUUAUGUUAGAGAUCUCGCUGCAGACCUCAAGUCCCCUGUUAUUCAGAUGUUCAUGUGCCCGUUCGGAAAGCCAUGGGUAAUUAUCGCGGAUGCUCGUGAGUCGCAUGACAUUCAGAUGACCCGCAAGGAUGAGUUUGAUCGCUCUAUGAUUACGGGAGAGGUCUUUGGUCCUAUCUUCCCAGAAAACCACGUCUCGUUUCCCAUUGGGGAGGCAUGGAGAUCCCACCGCCAACUCAUCAAGGACACAAUCUCUCCAUCUUUCCUCAACGGUGUUGUUGCACCCUCCAUUCACCUGAAUACACAAGACCUUAUCGCUAUCUGGAGAAAGAAAGCCAUGAUUGCCAAAGGCCGACCCUUCAACGGUGACAAGGACUUGUCUCGAACUGUGGUCGAUAUCAUUAUUGAAACCACCUUCGGUAUUAAAGCUGAAGCACUCCAAGUGCAAGAACAGCUCCUGGACCAGACCAUCCUUCCAGCGGGUGUUGAUGAGUCCGUUGACUUCCCUGCUGCCGAAGAUGCUGAAGCCUUUACAUCUAUUCGCGACUUGUCAGACAGUGUCCAGAUUGCCAUGGGCUCUCCCGUGCCAACUCUUUCCCUUAAAUUUUCCUUGGCCUUCAAGAAGCCACUUAUCUCCGCCAGAAUAUACACAGACAAAAUGAUCAACGAGCGUCUACAAUCCGCAUGGCGAAAGUUCUCGGGUGUCGAAGAUGAAGGUACCGUUAAAUCUGCUACUGACCUUAUUGUUCAACGUGAAGCACAAAUGGCAAGAAAAGAAGGUCGCGACAUCAAAAUCGACACUCAGGUUAUCAAGGACGAACUCUUUGGCUUCUACAUGGCUGGACAAGAGACAACGUCGACGACACUGUGCUGGGCUAUGAAGUACCUGACUGCCAACCCUGGUGUUCAGAACAAACUUCGCAAUUCUUUGAGAGAGGUUCACGAGAGAGCUCACCGAAAUGGAGCUCUGCCUUCUGCCCAAGAAAUAGCACAAGCCGAUGUUCCUUACCUGGAGGCGUUUAUCCAAGAAGUUCAUCGUGUUGGAAACUCCGUGAGCUCUAUUGUCCGCAUUACUACCAAAGAUGUUGUUGUACUCGGACACGUUAUCCCUAAAGGGACGGAUGUCUUUAUGCUCACCAAUGGACCUAGUUACAAGAGCCUACCUCUUGACGUCGAAGAGACUAUUCGUAGCAAGACCAGCCGUGAGAACAAGGAAAAGUUCGGCGUUUGGGAUGGUGAGACCAUUGGAAAAUUUAUUCCCGAGAGAUGGCCAGCAAAGACCGAGCAGGGAGAGAUUGUUUUCAACCCUAGUGCUGGAUACACGCACCCUUACGGUGUUGGACCCCGUGCUUGCUUUGGUAUGAAAUGGGCGCAACUGAUGCUGAAAUCAAUCAUUACGAUCAUCGUGUGGAGCUUCGAGUUUGAGCCAUUGCCUCCAGCAAUCGCUGACUUUAAGGCCAUUGAUGUCACCACCCACAGAGCAGAAUUUACAUAUAUUCGACCCGUCCCUAUCCAGCCAAUAGGUUUUCAUUAG